AGCUUAACAGCUUCAAGACACGCCGUGUGGCAGCCUUCAAGAAGAACCUAAUAGAACUGGCUGAAUUGGAACUUAAGCAUGCCAAGUUCAAGGUGUAA